UAUGAUAGCCAAAUCUACACCGGGUAAAAAGCGGACUAGGUCUCCGUCGCCUGAGUGUGGACCCUCAGAUGCUGAGGUUCUCUCCCCGGGGGGAUUUGAGUUGCAGGAGGAUCAUUUGGACCGGGACCAAAUUGGUUCAGAGGUUGAGGGUUCGGCUAAUGAAGAGCCUUGCUCGGCCUCCCAAGCGGAAAGCUUCUGGGUUCAUUCUCUGACAGACAUGGUCCACUUGGCGUUUAAUUUGCCUUUACCGGAACCUCAGGGUCCGGCCGUAUCAUCUUUAGGCUCUUUGAAAACGCCUCGCAGUAGCGCUGUUUUUCCAGUCCAUCCUCUUUUAGAGGAAGUAAUCUUCCAGGAUUGGGCACGACCAGACAGAAUCUUUUUACCACCUAAAAAAUUUUCCGUCGUCUAUCCUAUGGAAGAAAAAUUUGCCAAAAAGUGGACUCUCCCAGUGGUGGAUGCCGCCAUCUCCUGUGUAAAUAAGUCCUUGACUUGCCCGGUAGAAAACAUACAGGUGUUUAAAGAACCGGUUGAUAAGCGUUUGGAGACGCUUUUAAAAGCAUCCUUUACUACGGCGGGUGCAGUAAUACAGCCAGCGGUGGCUGCUAUUGGAGUUUGUCAGGCACUAACAGACCAGACAAGACAAAUGCUUAAGGUUAUUCCGGCCCAACAGGCGGAAGAAUUAUCUGAUAUUCCUAGAGCCAUGUGCUUCGCGGUGGAUGCUAUAAGGGAUUCCAUCCAGCAAGCGUCUCGUCUGUCACUAUUUUUAGUACAUAUGAGAAGGACCGUACGUUUGGAAGUCCAUCUCGGUGGCUUCAUGUUGGCGAUAUUGGAUUUCCUUUGCCACAAAGUGGUUAUUUCAUGUCCUUUUGCUUAG